GUCAACUUCCUUGGAUAUUGGGCUGAGUAACUGGAGCUUCCUAUACGUCACUGUCUCCCUCUACACGAUGACCAAAUCCUCUGCCAUUCUCUUCAUCCUGCUUUUUUCACUGCUUUUCAAGCUGGAGGAAGUGAGGGUGGCAUUGCUGCUGGUGGUUCUGCUCAUCGCUGGGGGGCUCUUCAUGUUCACCUACAAGUCCACACAGUUCAACGCACAGGGGUUCGUGCUGGUGCUGUGUGCCUCUUUCCUUGGGGGUAUUCGCUGGACUCUCACGCAGAUACUUAUGCAGAAGGCUGACCUGGGGCUCCAGAACCCCAUUGAUAUCAUGUUUCACCUGCAGCCGCUCAUGUUCCUGGGGCUCUUCCCACUCUUUGCGGUGUUUGAGGGCCUGCCUUUGUCCAUAUCAGAGAAGCUCUUCCAUUUCCACGAAGCAGGAAUGCUGUUCUCUCUGGUAGGGAAGCUGUUCUUGGGUGGAAUUCUUGCCUUUGGUCUAGGCUUUUCUGAGUUCCUCUUGGUUUCCAGAACAUCUAGCCUCACCCUUUCCAUUGCUGGCAUUUUUAAGGAAAUCUGCAUUUUAUUCCUCGCCACACAUUUGCUGGGAGACCGCCUCAGUCUUUUGAACUGGCUGGGCUUUGCUGUCUGCCUGUCAGGAAUCUCCCUUCAUGUCAUUCUCAAAGCCAUGAAUUCCAAAGGUGAAAAAGCACUGAAGCUACACAAAGAGGCCAGCUCCGACCCUGACCUGGAGCUGCUUCUGCGCCACACUGAACAUGGUGAGAAGGAGGAAGAGGAUGUUGAAACCCCACAACAACACUGACUGAACAUGAAACACAAAGCCCCCGCUCUGUUCUUACCAAACCUGCCUGACAGCUAUCUAGGAGGAAGGUCCAAGAGCCUCUGUCUGUGACCACUCAAGGAAGAGCCAGGGCCUAGUGAGAAAGUCGUGCUGUUCUACUACAGUGUGGAUCUGUAGAUGCUACACAAGAAAGAGGCAAUACCCCUUUCACAGAGAGCAAACCUGGAAGACGAGCCCUGGUUAAGUGGAAGUAGAACGGUGUGGUGAGACUGGGAAAUGCUAUAGAAAGCUUAUUAGGGAAUCGUGAAGGCUGUAUAUUGAGAGUAUAGACCAUGAACUGUAGAAUGAGCAUGGACAUUUGUGGACUGCAGGCUGAGUGGUUCAGGGAUGAUUUGAGAGUUGUUUAGGCUUUGGCUUCAAAAGAGAAGGUAGAUACACCUUCCCAUACUUUCUUUAUGGUUCUACUAAGUAGGAACUCCUAUCUUGGUGGGAGCAGAUGACUAUAUAUAAAUCCGUAGACUUGUCCCAGUGAGAAGGAGCCUUUGAGCCUGGUGACCUCCGUGUUCUGUGUGCAUAGUAAGGAGAAAAUUAAAUGCUGGUAUUUGGGAACAAUUGAACAUAGCCAAAUGAUGUUGGUUGGAGGAAGGACUGAAGUUGCAUGAGUACUUCUGGCCCUACAGGCCAAGGGGAGAGAGAGCAGUAUCACAGAAGACCUAGCCUGAGCAAUAAGCUUAUCAGAAAGUAUGUGGGUAUUUGAGGGGGGGAUUUUUUGUUUUUUAAAUAAACUGUU